UGAUAUGGAAACUUAACUGAUAUGGACACAAUAUAUAUGAUACAGUACAUAAAUGAAGAUUGACUAAAUCCUAGAAUCAUGGGGCCAUUUACUGCAGAUCACGUAGGAGAUACACCUUCCUUGACAAAGUCAACUCUGCAAGAGUUGUUUAAAGCGGCCGAGGAAAAGGAAGCUCCUCAUUUCGAUGUAGCUACUGCAAAAUUGGGGUUCAUAUUUGAUGUCGUUUACACCAAGGCUGGUCUGAUUUAUACCAAGAAAGGAUGCUUCUUGCGCCUCUGCAGCUUCACUUGCUCCUUUGUAGUUCUGCUGCUCUUCCUGAUCAGCAUCAUAAACAAGCCGAUGUUCCAUUUAUCAAGAGUUGAUAUUUACAUAACAGUCAGCUUGUUGGUAGGAGCUGUUGCACUUGAACUUUGGGCAAUGUACUCAAUGGUCUCUUCACAUUGGGCAGUACCUCCGGUGUUAUUUCAUGACAAUCCUUUGGUCCACAAAAUUCUCCGCUUCAUCUUGCAAUACCUCCAUUUCUUGUUUCCUCAACACAAGAAGUGGUCCGGUAAGAUGGGACAAUUUAAUUUGUUGGAUUAUUAUUGGAAUAACAAGAAUGAUAAAGUUUAUGCCUUACUAGUAAAGAACUGUAGUAGUCCUAUUCUUGCAAAAUGGCAUAGGUUCAUGAGUACUAAAUUUGUGGAGGUUCCAAGCUGUUUAAAACUAAGAGAGGAUUAUCAAAACUGUCUAGAUUCCUUCUUUACAGAUGAAUUCUUCGAACCAAGCAGGAGGGGAAAGUUUCUUCAUCAAUUUGAGACACGAUUAGAUGUCCAGGGGGCAUACCCCAAUGUCUUGAUUGAAGAUAGGAAAAGCAGCAAAUAUUUAUCAGAUUAUAUGAUGUAUCUGUUGGUCAGGCAUCCUGCUAUGCUAUUGCCUGCGCACAGUUCUAGUUUCUGGUUGGAUGCUUGUUGUGACAAACUUAAAGUACUUUUCUCCGGGGCAUUAAACAUGGAUCAUGCUUUCACAUUAUUGUUGAAGAGGGAUGACGGUCGUGAGCAACAACAAUCCAAUAUCAGUACCCCAGAGGAUGAACUUCAGCAACCUGCAUCAAAUCUAGUCAGAGAUCUCAACGCGCAACAUAUAUGGCUUAGAUGGAAGAUAAUAAAGGAAGUAUGGAUAGAGAUGCUUCUCUAUGCAGC